GCCUCUCUCUCUCUCUCUCUCUCUCUCUCACGGUCUCUCUCGCUAUGACUCACACGCUCUCAGCCUUCACUCAAAGCCUGACUGCUCUCACAUAUAAGCAGGGCUGAAGAGGAGACCUGCAGCUGCCAGAAUUUAAAUCUCUGAAGUGGAUCAUCACAAAGCAACUACAGAAUACUGGGACUUGAGGGCAUUUGUGGCGUAUCAAAACGUAUUUCCCAUGGAUUUUCAAGGACAAGAAUAAACAAGGAACAGAAGAGGCAGAAUUUCUAAAACUUAAAAAGAAGAAAGAAAAUUGUAGUUGUAUUUCAUUUAAUUCCUUUUGAAGACAUUCUUCUCACAUUAAGCAAUAAUGUAUACAGAAUGCUCCAGUUGUGACAAAUAUGUACAAUCCAUGCAUAUGUUAUGCAGAACAAAGUAUUAUGCCAUACUCUGAAUGGUCAUAAAAUAAUUGGUCAUUCAUACAGUCUGAAAUAAAGUACCUCAAGCUUUCAUCCCAUUUUAUGGAGUCCUUGCAUAGCCAGUUGGCCACAGGGGAGCAAUCUGGAGGUUUAGAAAAGCAGAAUGAGACUCCAGUGGAAAGUCUCCAGACACAAUCAGUCCCGCAGUAUCAUGAACAAAACAAGAUUGUCAACCAGCAGCAACAUGCAAAACAGCAAAAACAUCUUAAUAUUGAGAGAAAGCGUCUCAGAUUACAGAGGAAACCUGCUCAGGAGACAGACACUGUUAUAGAGGGAACCUCUCCAAGUGCAUCUGGAAGUUCUGGAUGUCUUGUUUCUAACAUGAGGAAGCCUAGUGAAAUGCCAUCUGGAGCUUCAUCCUCAGCAGUAUCAGCUAUACCAUCCUGCUCCAUGGAUGAGACCCUGGAAGGUACGACUAGACAAAAACGUGAGCGUAAACCUCAAAAGCCUGGAAAAUAUUUGUGCUCAUACUGCGGUCGUGCUUGUGCUAAGCCCAGCGUGCUUCAGAAACAUAUUCGAUCCCACACUGGAGAGAGACCUUACCCCUGUGCACCAUGUGGGUUCUCCUUCAAGACUAAAAGUAACCUUUACAAACACAGAAAGUCCCACACUCAUAGGGUGAAAGCUGGUCUCACUUCAGAAAUGGAUGGACCAGGUAUAAGUUGUUCAGAGGAGCCACUUACAGAAUCAGAUGAAGAAAGCCAACCAUCUUCCUUUUUAGAAAAACAAAGAAUAUCCCCUCAAAAGUUAGAUGCCUCAGAAAAGUGCUCUGAGGGACAGUUACAAGGUAUAGAAGACUCCCAUGCAGUUAAAAAGAGACUUGCAAUGAGACUUAGCAGGGGGAGACGAACACCAAUAGGAUCAUCUGAUGAAGCCUCCUCAUCGUUUGGUCUAAAUAGCAAAGGUAGCACAGAGUCUGGCUAUUUCUCUCGAUCUGAGAGCAUGGAAGUCUCUCAAGAUAGUCCACCAAACACAAGUGCCAAAAGCUAUGCAGAGGUCAUCCUUGGAAAGUUUGGUCGCCUUGGUCAUUUACAAAGGUCUGCUCGUGAACAGCAUGACAAUCCUGCUGGGCAAGAAGGGAAAAUAAUUCCAUUCACUGUGCCUAAAAAGCAAGUUAUUGACCACAUAACUAAACUCAUCACUAUUAAUGAGGCUGUGGUAGACACCAGUAAAAUUGACAGUGUCAAACCCAGAAGGUUCUCACUCUCUAGGAGAAGCAGCACAGAAGUGAAGCCAACCUCUUCCAAAGAGUCCUUUCUUCACAGUCCAAAAGAAUUAGAUUUGAGUUCAAAGAGCAGUGGUUCUAUUACUCUUGGUGUACCUUGUGAGAAAUUUCAGCCCCAUUCUCUUAGUAUCCAGCAAGCUGACCCGAAAACCACUGCUCCUCUUCUAAGAAGUCACUCUAUGCCCUCAGAUGCAGGUGUUAGUGAUGUGCCUGGAAUUUCUCGUAGCCUUCGCCUUAGCCAAUCCUUUGAUGACCAGCAGCCUGUUCAGAAACGGCGUCAUGGUAUGCUAAGACGGCAGCCUGCCAUUGAAUUGCCCAUUGGUGCUGAAAUGACCAUGAAGGAACAAUCCUAUUCCAGAUCACCAUUUCAUCCCUCAGUUCCAGAUCCCAGCCAGAAACAAGAUACAUUUGAGUGUGAUGCAUGUGGUAUAGUUUUUAAUGACUGGGAGAGAUAUCAAACACACGGACAACACUGCUGUAUGGUUCACAUUUCCCAACAAACUGAAAGUCAAGUCUAUCAAGUGGAAGAGCCCACAAGAACACACACAACUCGUCCUUGUGCUUUUGCAUUUAGAAAAAGAAGGAAAGAAGAAAGUAUUGAACUUGAAGAUCCUUCAUUACCCUCUGUUUCUUAUAUACCACGGAAAGGAUCUACACCAUCUUGUGAACAGCCUAUUAAAGGGACCAUUGAACUGAGUCAAGAACAUGGUACAGAAGGUGCUUUGAAAGGAAUAUCUGUCAUACAGCAUACUAGUUCAUUUGAGAAACAUGAUAGUGCUAUAAAAACCUCUGGACCAGAUGAGGUCUCACACUCUCAUGAUGUCCCUCACUGUUCUACUAACUCACAAUCAAAGCAACAGGCAACUAAACCUUCCAUCCGUAAACUUGUACGCCAACACAAUGUCCAACUGCCGGAAAUCUUGGUCACUGAAGAUUCAAAUAUCAACACCAUGGCAGUAUCACCCCCUCCAGCUAUCCCUAAAAUUAAAGACAUUGAAAAGGUCAGUGAUUUCCAAUGGCCCCAAAGAAGUCCGACUUUGGCUCAACUUCCAAUUGAGAAGUUACCACCUAAAAAGAAACGCCUUCGUCUUGCAGAAGCUGCCCAGUCAUCCGGGGACUCAAGCUUUGAAUCAAUGUCCCUGCCUCACAGUCCAAGUCAAGACAGUUGUGUGUCUCAUACCUCCAGUCGAUCAACAUCAUUUGAAGAGGCUUGCAAAGGUGAUGCAGAUACAACACCAACUAGGAGAUCAAGAGCCAUUCAUACUUUAACAAUUCCCACAAAUUAUCACCGAGAAAUGAGGCGCUCUGCAUCUGAGCAGGCACCCCAUGUUCCUCAGCAUGUUAACCUUGUUACAGAAACUCGAAGCAAGUCAUUUGACUACAGUAGUUUGUCUCCAGAUCGAACCCCUGCAGGAUGGAGAGAACGGCGGAAAUGCCUUCUAAUGAGGCAUAGGGCUGUGAGGGAACCGGAGGAGGAAGACCAAUCUUCUAAAGUCUUCAACACCAGUUCUCCAACUAAAAGGACUAACACAUCACCCAGCUAUAGCCCAGGCACCUCCUACAGCCCAAACACCACCCAUCGUGUGAUGUUAAGCAAUACUAUUCACUCAAUUGGUGAGAAGCAGAUCAUGCAAUCACAGCAUGUUUUAUCAGAGAAUACCCAGCCGUUUCAUACUGACCAGCCCUCAACAUUGGGAAGUCUGCUUUGUGCAACAGGUGCUGCCAGAGCUCAUUAUUCUUCAAUGUCGACAGGACUCAAGCUUGAAAUUCCAGUCGAGAAUGAAUUGGUGAAUUCUGAUACAAGGGUCAAUCAACCAUACCUCACUCAUUAUCACCAUCAGAAUAUUGGUUUUGAUGUUACUUCAAACCCAGAACUACUGAGACCUUUACCAACCCAGAAAAUUCCAGUCCGACUUAAUUCACAUCUUCCACAUUAUGCAGGCUCCAUUUAUACUACAGUUUCACAAACAUUUGCCUCAAGUCCUCAGGAACCUUGCUGCGCUGGAGUCAGUUCAGAUGCAGUGACCUCAAGGUUUGAAAUCAUAGACCAACAACCAAUAUCUGUUGGAUCUAAAUUAGUAAGUGCUGGUGCAACCAAACGUCUGCUGUCCCCCACAAGCAGUGAGGAGCUCAGCCCACUAAGUGAGCAACAACAAAAACGAAUGAAGGAGGAGAGGGACAGUCAGGAAUAUGAAAGUGGAAAUGAUAAAGUUUUGAUCGAAUGCAAGAAGGAAGAAAGCCUUGGUGAGCAAAGUGACAUCUUCUCUAUAGAACACAAAGAACCAUCAUUUCCUACUCUUAACACUAACGUUAAUUUUAGUUGGUGCUAUUUAAACUACAUAAAGCCCAAUCCAUCCAUACAGAGUGAACAACAAAACUCAGUCUAUUCCUCAUGGUGUACAAGUACCCGCAACCCAUACCCUCCUGGCCUGACAAGCAAGGAAGUGCUGGCCCUGUUGCACUGCAGGCAGAGACAUUCAGCACUCAUCUACACCAUGGCGGACAUGUCACCCUCUCUUGACAGGAAACAAGAAACCCCUGACUCCCAAAAGCCUAACACGACUGAGGUACAUACCACUCAGCGCACAGAAACGAAAGAAGCCCAGCAAGCUGAGUUGAAAGAGGUAGAAAAGAAAACAACAGAGGAGAAUGAGGAUCAACAAUCUACCUCCAAAUACAGCUCACGGGUUCAGAUUUGUGAAGGAGGCUACAGGUCGAGUGAGGAGUACGUGUAUGUCCGAGGCCGCGGGAGAGGCCGAUAUGUAUGUGAAGAGUGUGGGAUACGCUGUAAGAAACCCAGCAUGCUGCGCAAACACAUACGUCUGCACACGGACGCUCGGCCCUACGUCUGCCAGCACUGCAACUUUGCCUUCAAAACCAAAGGGAAUCUGACUAAACACAUGAAGUCGAAGGCUCAUGGGAAGAGGUGUCCAGAGGGAACUGCUCCAGGACCAGUGCAGUGUGAGCUUGAGACAGAUGAAGGAGGGGACAGUGAGAAGCAUGUCCUGGAGACGGAGCCGAUAGAGGAGCAUCAGUUCUCAGACGCAGAGGACUCAGAUGUGGACGAGCCUGAUGAUAAUGAUGAAGCUUCGUGCUCCUCCUCAUCUCUCUCCAGAGACGCUCCUGGCUCCUGUGACGUCUCAGGCCUGUCGAACCCAGGCUGGGAACCGCAUCCCAAAGCGCCUGUCAGCAUGAGCCCCAGGAAACCGAGCCACUAUGGACAAGCCUCCUCUCCUAAGACCACCAAAUCUAUCGUAACCCUUCCACACCUUCAAGCCGCUGUAGAGACGUGCUCGUCCCCCAUCCACAGCAUGUCUCCUGGCCUGCAAAUGUCCCCAUCUUUACCAGCGUCUCCUGGACCAGACUUGUCCCCUCUACGCUGUCCCUCUCCAUCGUCCUGUCUGUCCUCUUUGUCUCCUUCAAACCACCGAGCCUCAUCGUUCCCAGAUCCGUUCCCUCCGUCUCCCAGUUGUCCACUUGCAUUGAGCGUCGGGGCCAGUGUGACGAUUCAGUACCAAGCCGAAAGAUCCAGAGACUCAACGAAAGCCUGUCCCAGCAGACCAGACCUCAAGACCAAACCAGUGAAAACACACAGUCCUCAGAGACGGACCAGCAUGACACAGUCUUGGCCUCGGGCACACGGGUGUCUCUCCAGGAGCACACAGCCCGGGGAAGGCCAGCGCGUGUUAAGUCACCUGCCCCUUCACUCGCAGCCCCAGGUGAUGAUUCCCAGCCUCAGCCUCACCAUUCCCAUCGGCGGGAUACAGAUGGUGCAGCCACGCUCCAGUAUACUGCUCCGGAGCGCAUCUCUGAACCACAUGACCGUCACCGUCCUGACCAAGGAGAAAGGGGCCGAUUGGAGUCCUGCAGGCGAAGUUCCUCGUCGCAGAAACCAGCUGAUAGUGUUCACGGAGCCGGCGGUGGAGAUGAGCUCGAAGAGCGACGCUUCCUCCGAUGAAGACAGAGAGCAGAUCCGGGGAAUGGUUCGGACAGGGCUCGCAUCAAAACAGAGGGAGGUUCACAGUGUUCCCUUGACCACCUGGAAGAGUAUCUCUCACAGAAACAACCGAAGGCAUUCUGGGAGUCUGGAGAAAGCUCCGCCGCCGGACGCUUGCAGAACAUCCCUGGAUGCUAGGUGCUGAAGGAAAAGUUUGGGAGAAAAUGAAAAUGUUGUCAUUGUUUACGCACACACACACGUGUCAUUACAGAUCUGCACGUUAGGCACAAUGUUCAGUUUCGCUCUUUCUGCAAAAGAGCUUUUGGGACAGCCAAACAUGUUCAGAGGAUAAUGAAAAAAAAUGCCCCCAAAUUCAGGAUAAGGGGGCAACAACUGGCCCUGCACAAAUAAACUGAAUAUAUAUUGGCUGUAGUGUGAAAAUGAACUAAAAGUGUUGUUUUUGGCAUUACGUUUAGAUUAAUUAUUUGGUGUUUUUUGCAGCACUGACUGAGCAUCAUAACCAAUCACAGGUUUCUAUUGAGCUUAUGGGUGCAGCGGCCAAUCAGAGGCGUUUCGAUUAGUCACCGCUGAAAACAGCUGAAUUAUGUCCUCUUGAUAAAUACUCGGAUCAUUAACAGUGCAGAUGCUGUACAGGGAGUUUUGAUUUUAUCAUGUGUAAACGGCAAUAAACUAAUUCAUAAAUGGUUCUUAAUGCAUGUGUGGCCAGAAUACGGCAAGCUAUUUCUACAAACAUUUGACAUAAAAGAAAAAACAAAUAAAUUAAAAAGUUAAUUUGAAACUGUGUUAUUCCUAAGUUUAAAUGCCCAGGGAAAUCUUUUAUUGCUCAUUACCGUAUUUUCUGGACUAUAAGUCACACUUUUUUUCAUAGUUUGGCUGGUCCUGCGACUUAUAGUCAGGUGCGACUUCUCAAAAUGAAUUUGACAUGAACCGCGAGAAAUGAACCAAGAGAAAACAUUACCGUCUACUGCCGGGAGAGGGCGCUCUAUGCUGCUCAGUGCUCCUGUAGUCUACACUGAAGACAUAGAGCGCCCUCUCGUGGCUGGAGACAGUAAUGUUUUCUCUCGGUUCUUGGGUCUAAAUCAAUGCGACUUAUAUGUUUUUUUCCUCAUCACGGUUUAUUUUUGGACUGAUGCGACUUAUACUCAGGUGCGACUUAUAGUCUGAAAAAUACGGUACUUGAAAAGUCUGUUCUGACCCUGUUGUCCAACAUGUAAGACAUUUCAUCGUGCUAUAUUUGAAGAUGCUUUAAUGAUAUUUGAGAGGGAAGGGAAGAUUUCUACUGAAUAACAACUUCAAGGGGUCAUGAAUCAGGAAAACACAUUUUGACACAUAAGAGGUCAUUAAAACGUCCUAUACUGUAAGUUUCAGCACUCAAAACCUCAGUGUGAGUCCAAAAACAGCUUUUACUUAUUAAGCCACCAAAACAACUCUGUCAGGGUUUUUAUGACGUAAUUGACAUGAAAACAUCAGCACAGUUCAACACAAACUUCUAGAUCUCUGAUUCUUUGGUCCACCCACAAGCAGGAGAAAUAAUAAAACAGGAUUAUAGUUUUUACAGAAGGAUAUGAACCCAACAGUAAUGCCACAAAAUGUAAGUGUGUUAAUAGACUAAAUUUUCUGGGUUUUGGCUUUGUUUUUGUAUUGACGUGCUCUUUACAGUCUCCGAAAGAAAAGGUACAAACACUGUCAUUGAGACAGUACCCCAUUUAUGUACUAAUAUGUACACUUUAGGGACAAAUGUAUACCUUUAAGGUAUUAAAAGGCACUUUUGAGGUCCCAGUGACAGCUUUUGUACCUUUUUUCUGAGGGUGUGAGGGACUGAAUGUUCCUGUUGACAGCAUGAACAUUGUCUGUUAUUCAAUUAGAAAGCACAGAAAACAAGAAAAACAGUUAGUUAUAUACUCCUUAUAAUGACUAGAGCUGUCAAUCCCUUCAGUUCUGCACUGUAACCCAACCUCCCGUCAUUAUCAAUGUCUGCCUACACUACGCAGUGAAUCUGCUGUUUACCUCCUGUGUUGACUGAUGAUGAGAGAGUGCAGAAGUGAAGAUCAUUGCAUCCGUGUGCUCAACAGACAUGACUGUGAUCAGCUGCGAUGCCAGCUGUAGAUCUAACGCCACAAUAAACACUUAACCACAGCAGCUGGGACAGUCAAAACGUAUACUACACAUAUAACUGAGUUUCACACAUAUGCAAAGUUGUUACUCAAUCAUAGCAGUGGGUGUUUACAAUGAGACACAAACCUUCACAUCGUGUUUCAACCAUAGGGUUCAAAUCGUUUUAUUUCAAAACUAUGUCUAACAUUAUGUGCACAUCUCAGGAAGCAUAACAUAUUGAAAGAAAUGCAGUUUGUGACCAUUGCAUGGUUCGAGGACACUUGGAAUAGAGGACAGGAGCUGUAUUUAUUUCGACUGACAUGCUGUUUUCGAUGUGAGGGUGCACAGCUUUCACUGUUGGGUCAACUCUCUUAAUAUGGGUCAGAUUGUAGGCACCAGAGAAAAUGUCCCGGACCAUGAUUCAAUCAUUAGACUAAGCUUUGCUGAAUAAUUUGAGCUCCGUGUAGAUGCAUAAUUUUCCUGAUCUAUGUUUAUUUUAUUUUCCGCCGUCUUUAUGUUUCUGCACACCUAAAACACAUGCACAUUUGUGUGUGUGUGAUAUGUGUAUUUUAUAACAUCUAUUUAAUAAAAUAAUUUAUAUAUAAGGUGCCAAUUACAGUACAUCCAACUCUCAGUUUCACAUAUUAUGUUACAACAUUAACUCAUCAUGAUGAAAAUAUAUCUAUAUCCACCUGUAAAUCUGAAUAGAAACCCCACUGUACAAAUGUAUGUUUUUAUAUGCAUUUAUACUACAUUCUAUGGCAUUGCAGCAUAGUUUUUCUUUGUUAUAUGUGAUGGUCGGUAGAAUGAUGUUGGCCAGGACUUGAGACACUCGUGUUUUUCCAGAAAGUGAAGAAGAUGAAGAGCUGUGGUUGAUGGUUGAGUUGUUCUCGUGGUGUUGAUUAUUUGGGUGUGGGGAGAUGUCCGUGUGGUGUUCCUCUCGUUGUGAUGUAUUCAGAUAGACCGAGAUCUCCUGUGUAAUCUUCAGACGGGACAAAGUAUUAGCAGAAAUAUAUAAGAGUAAUGUGACUUUACAUUAAAAGAUGGUUUCAAGAGACUGUUGUUGCUUUAGCUAUGUUUAUUUUAAUUGAUAAACUAUGCACAAAAUGUGUUCUGUAAUAUGUCAAUGUAUUCAAAUACAUUAGAAACGUAUGGAUCUUCAUGUUUCUAAUAGCAUUUAUGAUUACAAAUGUUUGUGCAUCUUUUGAACUGGACCAUGUUUAGCUUUGAUACUGUGAUAUGUAAUUUAAAUACAUUGUUCUGAUGAAGACUACAGUGAUUUUCUAUCGUUUCAGAUCUGGAGCACCUCAGUAAAGUCAGGGAAAGGCUUUGGUGUUUAAAGGAGAGGACAUCUGUUCUUGUUAAACAUCAUUAUCUUCCAGCAGAGGCUAACCAGGUCACGAUAAACAGCAAAACUGUGCUCUUACCAUCGUACUUCACCUGAAGAUGGUGUUAUCAUGUAGGCUACAGUAUGAUUUUAGGAACCAUAUCGCCCUCUACUGGCACGUGACCAUAGCUCUACACAUGACUCCCUGGUUGUUUAUGGGGAUAAAUUGGUAAUUGUAAAUUUUGAAAAACUUUUUUUUUUUCGAAAUCACUUUAGUUUUUACCUCUAAUAAGUCUAAUAUAAACUAAGUUUUUGUUACAGCAGAUGCACAACACGUGAACACAAUAAAGUCACACUGAACUGUGUUUGCAGUACAUAAA